AGCAUUCGUCUAACCCCGGCCGGGUUUCCCCCGGCUCUGGCUCCGGUGGGGCCAGAGCUCAUCCCGGCUGUGGCCCCACGGGAUGAGCCUCACUUUUCCUCAUCUGGUGAAUGGGCACUGGCCUUGCUCGGGCCCCCAGGAGCAUCAGAGCUGGCCCUGAGCCAGGCCCUCCCUCCCCCUGGGGGCCCCGGCACCAGUGACCCAGACGCCAGCAGUCCCUGCCCUAGGAGGUUCCAGUUUCAUCAGGCAGCCCAGACAGGGGAAGAAGCAGAGGAGAGAGGGUGAUCAGAAAUGGGAUGGGGGAUCCCGCAGGCAGAGGGGAAGCCCAGAGGAGGCGGCAGAACAAGGCUGGGCACCCCACCAGCACGGGCAGCCUCGCAUACCGAGAAGACCUUGAGGAGGAGAAGAACUUGGAGUUCACCUGGGAGGUGCAAACCAACAACUGGUCCUACAACAACCAGUUCAAGAAGAAGGUCUUCCUGUGCUGGCAGAGGAAGAAGUACAAGGAACGUCAUCCACGGGCCAAGUACAAUGUCUUCUCCUUCCUGCCCUUGAACCUGUACGAGCAGUUCCACCGCAUGUCCAGCCUCUACUUCCUUCUCAUCAUCAUCCUCCAGGUGGGGCGGGUGGGGCAGCCCCAGGGGUCAGUGCCUGUGCCCACUCCACUCCUUCUACCUGCUCGAGCCACCUCCUCCAGGAAGCCCUCCCUUCCCACCUUCCCACGUGGCUCUGUAGACCCAGGGUGGUCCUACCCCGUGUUUGUCUGUGUGGCUGGUGAGUCAGUGUCCAGCCCCCCUCACACUGGGAGCACCCUCAUGGCUGGGUCCCCACUGCCCAGCCCAGGGCCUGGCACACAGGAGGCGCUCAAUAUAUGUUGGAUGCUGAGGGCUGAGCUGAUCCCAGAGGGCCAGGAGGAAGGAUUAGGUUCUUGGGACCCGCCGGGUCACUUCCUGGCAUCAGGCUGGUCAUGGAUGGAGAUGGGGGUUGGCGGGGGUGCCAGCGCCGCCUGCCCGCCCGGGGCCCAGUCCUUGGCCGAGCAGACCCUGCGGACACUGUGCAUGGCCUGCAAGGAGGUGGACGAAGACAUGUACGAAGAGUGGUGCCAGCGGCACCAGGAAGCCAGCAUCCUGCUGCAGAACCGUGCCCACGCCCUGCACCGGCUGCUGGGAGCCACAGCCCUCGAGGACAGGCUCCAGGACGGUGUCCUCGACACCAUCAAGUGUCUCAAGCAGGGGAACAUCGAAGUGUGGGUUCCCACAGGGGACAAGCAAGAGACAGCGGUGAACAUCGGCUUUGCCUGCCAGCUGCUCUUGGAAAACAUGAUCAUUCUGGAGGAGAAGGAGAUUGUGCAGAUCCUGGAGGUCUACUGGGAGAGCAGUAAUAGCCUGCAGGGUGGCAAGAAGGGCCACCUGAACAAACAGCUCCCCCUGCACGUCAAAAUGGCCUUGGUCAUUAACGGGGAGUUCCUGGACCAGCUGCUGCUGUCCCUGCGCACGGAGCCCCGGGCCCUGGUCCAGAACGUGAGCUUGGAAGAGGAGGAGCCCUGGCAGGAGCCCAGAGAGGAGAGGGUGGACUUAUUGCAGGCCAGACGCCUGUCCCUGGCUGCGUGUGCCCCUGCAGCUGCGGACAUCGGCAUGGGGCUGGCGGGUCAGGAGGGCAUGCAGGCGGUGCAGAACAGCGACUAUGUGCUGGCCCAGUUCUGCUUCCUGCGGCGGCGGCUGCUGGUGCAUGGCCGUUGGUCCUACACGCGCGUCUGCGAGUUCCUGCGCUACUUUGUCUACAAGACGCUGGCCAGCAUGAUGGUCCAGAUCUGGUUCGCUUUCUACAGCGGCUUCACUGCCCAGAAGGAGGAGAUCAUCACCGUGGAGCCCAUACCCCAUGUCCUCCGGGAGGCACGGACCCGGCACUCCAGCUAUGCCUUCUCCCACCGGGAGGGCUAUGCGGACCUCAUCACACAGGGCACAAUUCUGUGGAGGUCACCAGGGGUCAACAGCGACACGCUGGUUGGUCACACGAGGCCACCUGAUGAGCUGCCCUCAAGCAUGGAGGAGUCCUCCUGGUACCCCAGGAGGAUGUCGUUCCUGGGGAGGAACAGGCGCCAGCACCAGGGGAAGGUGUCCUCCGAGGAUGUUCAGCCUGCCUCUGAGGUGAGCUCAUCCUUGCCUGUGGAUGGGCAGUCCUCUCCUUAUCAGGAGAGCCAGCACUCUCUCCCCAAAAACCGGCUGUCCGGGUCUCUCCAGGAGAAGUUGCCGAAGAGGCAGGAGAGGUCACUGUCAUAGGAACCGUGGCCAUAUACUCCCCAGAGUCUGCCACCAACCAAGGAGUCACCACUAUCAGCGGAGGAGAGCCAGAUGACUUCUUCUGAGAGCCAGAUGCUGCCUUCAAGCCAGCUGUCUUUGAAGAGCCAGUCAGCACACUUGCAGGAGAAGACAUUCCUCUGGAAGAUCCGGAAACUGUCCUGGAAGAACUGGCCAUACACCUGGCAAAAGGAGUCCGGGCCCUCCCAAGGAGGGGACGGUGCCAGGUUCCAACUCGAACCUCACUGC